GUCUCACGGGGAGUGAAUUCCCGCAUGCGCAAUGCCAUCUGGCUUCUCGGCGUCUAGGAGAUUGCAAGAAGAUGAUGCGGCUGAGCGGCCGGCACGGACUGAAUGCAUAAUUGGCCCCAUCUAUAUACAUAUAUUUCCACUUGCCUUGUCUAGUUUCUUGCCAAAAAUUGUUGUUUAAUGUCGACCUGUAACCGGAGCGGCGUAGAAACUGAGUAGCGGUGACGGGCAGAAGAGGAAGAAGAGGAAGAAAGAAGAAGAAGAGGAGCGAAGCAGUAACUGGAGAGGAGUUGGGCAUCAAAUUGCACCGGAUGUCAUUACACGCUCUUAAAUAUCGAGGACUAUAAUCAGGACCAAAAGGAAGAGCCAUGGAGGCUGUGACACAUCUGGUGAACGAUACUGUAGAAUUUUACAAAUGGGGCCUUACUAUAGCAGACAAGAGGGUGGAGAGCUGGCCGAUGAUGUCGUCUCCCAUCCCCACUCUGGCCAUCAGCUGCCUGUACCUGCUCUUCCUGUGGGCGGGGCCUAGAUACAUGCAGGACCGCCAGCCCUACAUACUCAGGAAGACCCUCAUAGUCUACAACUUCAGCAUGGUGGUCCUCAACUUCUACAUCGCCAAAGAGCUCCUACUAGCCUCUAGAUCAGCCGGGUACAGCUACCUCUGUCAGCCGGUCAGCUACUCCAACGAUGUCAACGAAGUCAGGAUAGCGUCUGCUCUCUGGUGGUACUACAUCUCCAAAGGAGUGGAGUUCCUGGACACCGUCUUUUUCAUCCUGAGGAAGAAGUUCACCCAGGUCAGCUUCCUCCACGUCUACCACCACUGCACCAUGUUCAUCCUGUGGUGGAUCGGCAUGAAGUGGGUCCCCGGUGGACAAUCAUUUUUUGGUGCAACCAUCAACUCCUCCAUCCACGUGCUCAUGUACGGUUACUACGGCCUGGCAGCUUUGGGACCUCAGAUGCAGAAGUACCUCUGGUGGAAGAAAUACCUCACCAUUAUUCAGAUGAUCCAGUUCCACGUGACCAUCGGCCACGCGGGCCACUCCCUCUACACAGGCUGCCCGUUCCCAGCCUGGAUGCAGUGGGCUCUGAUUGGCUACGCCGUCACCUUCAUCAUCCUCUUCGCCAACUUCUACUACCACGCUUACCGACGCAAACCCUCCUCCUCGCAGAAGGCCGGCAAGCCCGUGGCGAACGGCACCUCUGCGGUGGCUAACGGUCACAGCAAAGCGGAGGAGCUGGAGGACAACGGGAAGAGGCAAAAGAAAGGAAGAGCGAAGAGGGAGUGAAGAAGGAAAGAGGGGCUUCGCAUCGGCGAUUUAAAAAAUAAAUAAAUUUAAAAAAAGACAGUUUGUUUUUAAAAAAAAAAAAAAAAGGGGGGGGGGGCCAGAGAAGGAGAGCGGGGUAGGGAUGAACAGAAGCCAGACUGGCUUCACCAUCCCUGCACAAUAAUGUAGAAAGAUGUGAUUUGUGACCAGAUUGAACAGGUGAAAGGGUAGAAAGUGUGUGUUUGUGUCUGUAAUGGGUUAUGAGAGGAAGAGAGGGGUGUUGGUUGUCUCCAUAACAAGUACGAUGCUGAUCGCGUAGGCUCCGUGCUCUUCUGUCCAACUUGCACCGUAAUAGGACCAAAGUAUUAUAGGACCUACAAUCUGCUCAGCAUCCUAGAACUUAAUCGACCAAAAUUCACCUCCAACUUUUGUACUCUGGAUUCCAGUAUUGUUUUAACCAAAAAGCUGACUUAGUCUUUAAUAUGCUCAUUUAUUUUCUAGCGCUCGAUACGAGUUUUAAUGAAUUUAACUAUUACCAACAAAAAAAACAGAUGCAUUUUUUUUUUCUUGAUUCGUGUGUGUGAGGGGUGGGGGUAAAUUUAAGUUUACUCAUAAUUACAGUUGCGCAAAGUUAGCGAAGGAAAAAAGACAAAUCCACAACUGCCAUUUACUGUAUUUAAGUACUUUUCAUUCAUCUACUUCCCCUACCAAUCCAAAAAUGUCCGGGACUUUACAUCUCUCUGCUGUCUGAUAUGGAUUUAACUGUGCUGCAUUUACAGAAUGACAUGUUUUCUUUGUAAUCAUUGUGAAUUAAAAACUCGGUUUUAAAACACUUUGUGGGAAGGGGGACUGUAGUUUUCUUUAUUUAUGCAAAUGUAUGGGUAUCUUUGUUUAAAUAUAUAUUUUUUGUGGGUCCUAAUGAUUUAUUUCCUUUCGCUCUGCAAUGUAGCCCGAGGUGCAACAGUAAGAGGUUGAAACUCAGCUGCAUAUUGUCUCACUGCCAUUUAGGACUGAAGGGAAACUUUUUUUUGUGGUUUUUUAAGAAAUCAAACGGUUAUUUCAUUGUCUGAAUAAUAAUGAAAGCAACACAGCUUCUGGCUGCUCAUAUAACUGAAAUAAAGACAAUGUCCGCACCCCAU